UAGUUUUCAUUUGAAAUUCCUUUGAGCGGCACACACAAACAAACACACACACAGACAUCAACUAAUUUCCAAAAGUAAACAUUAUGGACUUGGAUCUGGACCUGGACGAUCCCAGGGACCGCUCACCCCUCCAGCAAAUGCUGGACUUGGCCCUAAUGGCCGCCUAUGCCGGUGGCCAAGUCCUGCGCACUCUCUGGCGACUUAUGGGGGCAGAGGCUUUAGGUUCAUCCACAGAGGCAGAAAUGGAGGAAUGCAGGCCCAGCAGAAGGCACCCACAGAGGAAAUCCCAAAAGGAGCAUCAUUAUAACCACCAAGGCGGCGAAGGUGACUAUCUGCGCUACGACGAGAUCCUGCUGGCAAAGAUGAGGAACAACAACGAUAAGAAGCAUCAGUAUCCGCGGCUGGUGACAGUGGUCUGUGGCUUUCCCAAGAAUUUUGCCAUGUAUCCAAGGUAUGUGCGGGGCAAGUUCGGUGAGGAUGCCUGGUUCCAUAGCUCCUCGCCGCAGGCGGAUACAUUGGGCGUGGCCGAUGGCGUCGGCGGGUGGCGUAGCUAUGGCAUCGAUCCCGGUGAGUUUAGUGACUUCUUGAUGCGUUCCUGCCAUCGUCUGGCCACCAAUCGCAACUAUGAUGCCCGUCGCCUGGACUGGCUGCUGAGUCGCGCUUACUUGGAUCUCCUGGAGCAGAAAUGCCCUGUCCUGGGCAGCUCUACCGUUUGCCUGUUGUCCCUGAAUCGUGAGAAUAGCACCGUUUAUACGGCCAAUAUUGGAGAUAGUGGCUUUCUGGCCGUUAGAUCUGGCCGGAUUCUGUGCCGGUCCUUGGAGCAGCAGCAUCAGUUCAAUACUCCCUACCAGCUGUCCUCUCCGCCGCCCAAUUUGGGCGGACAAUUUCUUAUCGAUUCGCCGGACUCGGCCGAUUUUCAAGAGUUUAAGACGCGUCCCGGCGAUGUCCUGCUACUGGCCACCGACGGUGUCUACGAUAAUUUGCCGCUGGAACUGAUCCUGGAGGUGCUCAGCGAGAUGGCCGGCGUGGAGGAUCAGAUGGUCCUCCAGAUGACAGCCAAUUCAUUGGCCCUAAUGGCCCGGACCCUCAGCACGAAUCCGCUCUACGAUUCGCCUUUUAGCCGGAAGGCCCGCAAGAUGAAUGUGGAGUCGUCGGGCGGCAAGCGGGACGACAUCACGGUCCUGUUGGCCAGUGUUAUCUAAAGUAUAGCCUUGAUUUUCUAGGAGUGGCGGAAGCAGUACAUCCUUCCAGCCUGUCCACUUGGUACAGUGGAAGCUGUCCACCGGAGAGGAGCUGAGGGGUAAGCAGGGAAGCCAACCAAUCGAAAGUCUACGAAAGUUCUUUGGAGAGUGUAGAAAAAUUAAAGAGUCUGUGGAGAGUGUAGAAAAAUUCUUUGGAGAAUUAGGAAAAUUUCUUUGGAGAAGAAAAAUCCCUCUGAGAGUGUAGAGAUUUUGAAGAGUCUAGAAAAAUCCUUUGGAGAGUUUAGAAAAUUUUAACAGUUUAUGGAGAGUUUAGAAAAAUUCCUGAAAGAGUGAAGAGUUUAUGAGUCUGUGAAGAGUUUAUGAGUCUGUGAAGAGUCUACAAAAAUUCUUUGCAGAGAUUACGAAAAGUUAAGAAAAUUUCUUUGGAAAAGAAAAAUUCCUUGGAGAGUGUAGAAAAAUUAAAGAGCCUAUGGAGAGUCUAGAGAAUCUAGAAAUAUAUCCUAAAGAGAUUGAGAGAGAAUUGAGAGAGAGAGAAUGAAGAUUUCAUAAAAAUCUCCAAAGACUUCCUGAAGAAAAUCCCUUAAAAAUUCCAUAAAAAAAAGGCCUUCUUAAGCUGUGCCUCCAACAGGACUUUUUAUUUGUAUAUUUCCACUCCCAUUCAUGCCAUGUGUUUUCAAUAAACUACAAAAUUGUUCCAAGUGCAA